UUUGCUGCAUUUCUUUUCACAACAAAUUCUCUCUUUUCUUAAUAAAUUGUUUAAUUUCUAACAAAAAUUUUUGUAUUAUAUUUUAAAUAAAAAUGCAUAAAACUAAAAAGAAAUCAAAAACGGCCAAAUUGCCAAAACCAAUAAAAGUGAAAAAGGAAAAAUCCGAUGAAGAUCGUUUGCCACAGCCCAUGACCCAUUAUAUAGAUGAUAGGCUAGAAAUGGUGAAGCAAAUCUUUAAUACACUUAAACCGAAGACCAUAAUUAAUUUAGCUCCAGACUUUUUAAAGACCCAGGCUUUGGAAGAAAUCGAAGAGGCCUGUUUGAAUGAACUGCUUUGCAUAUCAACAAAACGUUUAAAGUCUAUUAUUACGGACACCAAGUGUCCCACGGAUACUGAAUCGUCAGAUAAUGAUUCUGAUGUGGAGAGACAUGAAGAACAUAUUUCCUUGGAAGAAAUAUCAUCUGAUAGCGAAAUUGAAGGAUCUGGUUCCAAGAAGAUUAAAAAGAAAAAAGUAACUAAAGCUUCGAAAGAGACCGAGACUGCCAAAAAGGAUACAACAAAUCCAGAAAAUGCAGAAGAUGGACAAAUCAGUGUUUUGGAGCUAUUGGAAUUGCAAGCUCGAGCUAGAGCAAUUCGCUCUCAAUUGGCUUUAGAGCCAGUUACCAAAAUUGAAGUUGAUUCAGAUGGGGAGAAACGCAAUGAAGAGGACAAAGCAAAAUCCUCUAAAAAAGAUGAUAAAACGAAUAAAAAUGAACGUAAACGUCUUUCAAGUGAUCGACAAUCGAGAGAUUCAAAUAAAGUUAGUCGCAUCAAUGGCUCAACGGAAAACUUAAGUUCUAAGCCCCAAUCUGAAAAAGAAGCCGAAAAAAAGACUUCAAAAAAGAUCAAACUAAAGAGAACGCAUAGAACAUCGACUAAUGCGGCCGAUAAAGUUAACGAAACACAAGAAAAACAGGACCGGAAAGACGAUAAAGAAAAUAACGAUAGAGCAGCUACGAAAGAAAAGUCCAUGGAACAAGAGAAAAAUAAAACAAAUGAAACCCUAAUGACAGAGAUCAAAAAAGAAAAGAGAGGCAGUCGAUCACCUUCACCGGACGUUAUACCUAUAGUGGCUGAACCAGAAACAUUGCUAAUAACCGACUCAUCUGAUGAUGAAAGUAAAGAAACAAAUAAAAAUGAAGCGAAAAAAGCUAACAAUGAAACAACCAUCAAGGAAUCUAAUGAAUCUGAUAGCCAAACACAAAGGGAACUUAAAAACACUGAAAAGGAAACCACAGAAGUUGAAAACAAAGAAAAGUCUUUAGCAAAAGAAAUCGAUAAUACAGAAAAUCAGAAAUCUGCAAUGGAACCAAGCGCUACGGACAAAGUCAGUAUUGAAAGUUCUACUGAGACUACACAAGAUUCCCAAUUUAAAAUGAGCGACAGAGAAGACACCCAAGAUACACAAGACAGUAAUAUUCAGAGUGCGGAAUUUAAAAAUUCUAACAAAGAAAAAUCGAAAACUGAUGAUUUAUCUAAAAAAUCAACUGAUGAAACUAAUUCUGCUAAUCAUUCGGAUGAUGAUCAAAAUGAUGAUGUCAUUUCAUUGGGCGGGGACUUGGAAAAUGAAAUGAAUGAACAAUUGGAGAAUGAAGUGAACGCCAUGGACUCACCCUAUAAUAAAAAACCUACAGAAGAUUCAUCGCAAGAUAAUCAGAAAUCGCAAGAUGAAAACCAAGAAGAUGUUAUUUCACUAGAAUCAAGUGAAGAGGAAAGAGAGGAUUACAAUCAGUCCUGGCAUACACGCUAUAUGAAAAGUUCUAAAGUUAGUAAAGUUUUGCUGGCUUCACGUUUGGGUAAACGUGUUAGGGAUAAAAUCAAAAAAUCUAAACAUUCAAAAAAGGAUAAUAGUCAUGAAAAUUCUGAGGCUGAAAAGGAUAAAUCUACACCAUCAUUUAGUUCCAAGCAUGAAGAUGGUUCGAUAGAACAAUACAAGGAGCUUUUGGAAAUGCGACAACGUAAAUCCUCAUCAUAAAUCUUUUACUAUUUGUGUAAAUAAAAUAAAUUUAAAUUAAAUAAACAAUAAAAUGAUAAACCAUCCAAUUAACAAAAAGAUGGCAAUUGAA